ACUCACAUCGCCAUGACCGUCGACGAGCCAGAGAUUGUGGCCAUUAGUGUCAGUCACAAACAGCAGGUGGGUUACCUCAGGCAGGACUCCACCUGGCUGCAGUGUCCUUCCUGCGAGAAGUACGGCAUGAGCGUGGUGCAACUGGAGGUGGUGACCUGUCUCCAGAGAUUCCUGGGAUUCACCAAACUUUGUAAAAAAUGGCCUGGUCGUCAGGACAUCAAUCACUACUGCCUACACUGCGGCUGCUUCAUUGGGAGAUUUGUCCCCGUCAACUGCACGGAACGUUGCCUCUCCCGAUCCGCCCGCAAGCAGGCGGCCGUGGAUGAGAUGACCCUGAAGACACGCCCCAAGGACUGCGCCGAAAGGGCUCAGAAGUCCAGGGAAAAGAUCCUGGCCAAGAGGGAGAAAAAGAGGGCCGAGAAGGCGGCCAAGGAGGCGGGCAAGGCCCAAGAGCAAACCCAAAUAGCUGUGCACCAAUGA